AUGAGAUCAAAUUCGUCGUCGCGUCUCUGGGUUGGUCCCUUGAUGCUUGUCAUCAUUAUUGCUCUUAUCUAUCUUCUUUCAUUAAUGCCAACAACGCCUCCUCAUUUGACGAACAAUGGAAUGAUUGUGAAUGAUGCACACACAGAGUAUGCAAUGAAAGGACAAGCACAAGUGGAUUGGCAGGAAAUAUACAAGAACCAUCCAUCCAGUGAAGAAAAUCUCGGAUUCGAUCCGUGUCGACAUGGUGGAAUAACGAAUGAAACAGAUGGAUCUUGUGUUUGCACUCGAUGGUAUUCAGGUGAUAAAUGUGAGACUCCAGUCUGUAUGAACGAUGGAUAUUUCAAUCACACUUUGGGACGAUGUGUGUGUACUUCGAAUUGGGUUGGAGAACAUUGUAUAUUCAGAUGUAACUCGGGAGUUGUCAACAAGACUUCAGGACUAUGCGAAUGUCUUUUCGGACGUCCAUGCACAAUUCAAAAAUGUAUAAAUGGACAUUUCUUCGAUGGAAAAUGUGUGUGUUAUGAUGGAUUCACUGGACCUGCUUGUACAAUUUGCGAUGGCUCUGUUCCGAGUAUUCAGUGCGAUGAAGUUAUCCGAAAACGUGGAUCUGUUAACUCUCGACUGACACUUUCUGGUCUCUCAUUUUGUAUAAUCACCAUCGGACUACUGUGUGUUGGAGCUCAUCGUAGAAGAUCUGCAAUGAAUCCAAUGGCUGAAGAAACUUGGUACAGAGUAUUCCAUCCAAAUAAUAAUAGACCAUUCAGAUGCAGACAUGAUUAUAUGUGUGGAGGAUCAUGGGUUCCAAGAGAUCGAGCUCUAAUUGUUGCUCCUGGAAGAGUUUCCAUGUCAAGUACUACGCCAAGAGUACAUCGUCUGGCAACUCCUCCUCCAAGUUAUACAUCAGUUGAUGAUCUCAAUACAACAGAAUCUCAAAAUCCCCCAACUUACGAAGAAGCGACUAGAAUUGAAAUUGAGAAUGUAGUUGCAGAAGAAAUGGAAUCAGAAGAAGCAAAAGAUGAAGUCGUACGUGAAGUGACGAUAGAGAUUCCAACGUCUUCAGAAACUGUCCCAUUGGAUUCAAUUGAAGAAGAAACAACAGAAGUAACAGUUGAUUGA